GGGUGAGGCCGGGCCGCACCUAGUCGGCUCCCUUGAUGCGUAUCAUCCAUCCCACUCCGCCAGAGUAUCUAGGUGCCUCUUCGAGGAAUCUCUUUCUAAAGAAGCAGAAGGUUCUGAAAGCAAGAGUGAGUGGCUGCUGCUUCAGAUGGAGCUCCCCACCCUUUCUGCUUGUAACGCCCGAUAUAUCGUCCCGUAUCCAUUUCGCCCGAAACGCUCCGAAUCAGACUCUUACAGACUCCGAAUCUCAACAAAUCCUCAUACCUUCUUCUCUAUUCCGAUACCGAAACGUUACAAGGCAACAUCACCUGCUACAUCGAACUGCAUUGGGCAGAUGAGAAGCAGCGAAGGAGGCCGUUACGAUACCAACAAGAGAAUCAAAGACAAGGGCUGGAUCCAUUUCGUCGGCGUAGGAGGCUGCGGUCUUUCUGCUCUCGCAAUGCUCGCUCUCCGACAAGGCUUUGAGGUUAGCGGGUCGGAUAUUGCAUGGAGCAGCUUUAUGGACGGCUUACAGAAAGCCGGGGCACAACUAUAUGUGUGUCACUCAUCAUCAAAUAUACGAAGGAAUAAUGGAUCAACUCUUCCUACUGCAGUUGUUGUUUCCAGUGCCAUUCCUCCAGACAAUGAGGAAAUUUUGCAUGCAAAAUCUGCUGGCAUACCUGUAUACAAGAGAGAUCAGUGGUUGCGUGAGAUCACAGAGCAGUAUACUCUAAUUGCUAUUAGUGGAACACAUGGGAAAAGUACGACAGCUAGUAUGCUUGCAUAUGUUUUGAAUGCAAUGGGUGAUAACAUUACUGCUGUAGUUGGGGCACACGUGCCACAGUUUCAAGGAGGAAAUGUUAUCUCAGGGUUUGGUAACAAUUUUGUAUUAGAGGCUGAUGAGUAUGAUGGUUGUUUCCUUGGAUUGUCACCUUAUGUUGCCGUAGUAACUAAUGUAGAGUGGGAACAUGUUGAUGUCUUUCCAGAUGAGGAGGCAGUCAGAAACAUAUUCAGGAAGUUUCUGCAACAAAUCAGGGUGCACGGACAUCUCAUUUUAUGUGGAGAUAGUGCAGGAGCAUAUAGUUUGCUAACUCACUCAAAGAAUGGAAAUGUAUCCAACAAUGGGCCAUUGAUGCCUCGUUCUAAAACGUCCACUACUGGGUACAAAAUAACAACUUAUGGGACUUCGACUCAAAAUGACUGGCGUGCAACCUCAAUUGUUACAAAUUUGCAAGGCGGUACUGAUUAUGUAUUGUGUCACAGGGGAAGUCCAGUGGCUGUCAUCAGCCUCCAACUACCAGGAGUUCAUAAUGUUCUCAACUCAUUAGCGGUUAUUGCUACAGUUGCAGCUCUAGUUGGUGACAAUAAUCUAACUUAUGAAAUGAUCAACCGCACAAGGUUACACUUGAAAAAAUUCAUUGGUGUUUCUAGAAGAUUUGAGAAGAUUGGUAAGAUUCAUGGAUGCCACAUAUAUGAUGACUAUGCUCACCAUCCAACAGAGAUUCGUGCAGUUCUUCAAGCAGCCCGGCAAAAAUUUCCAUUCCAGGCUUUAUGGGUGGUCUUUCAACCCCAUACUUUCAGCCGUCUAGUAGCAUUGAUGAAGGAUUUUGCUGCUGCCUUUGGUGAUGCAGAUCACGUAAUAGUUACAGAGAUUUAUGCUGCUAGAGAAACAAAUGUUUGGAAUGUUAAUGGAAGAGACCUGGCGACUUGUAUCAGUGGCCUGUCAUCAGAAUACAUCCCUAGACUGGGGGACGUGGUAGACAAGCUGGUGCUCGAGAUAUCCAAGGAGAGUGAUCGAGAAAUGCUUGUCUUGACACUAGGUGCAGGAGAUAUAACCACUCUGGGUCCAAAAGUACUCCGCAAAUUGCAACAGAGAUCCAAAUAUUCAUCUGAAUCCACUCACCCUCUUAACUACAACCGCUGUUCCUGACCGUUAGAUCGUUUACCAUAAUUCGGCAGCUUGACUAGUUGGAUGUUUGGCUCUGCAGAAGAUUACUAGCUUAAAAGGGAGAAAUUCAUUUGGGGCGGAACUGUCAAGGGUGUAGGAAAACAGUAGGAAACCAUUGUAUCCAGGUGAAUCAUGAUGGCAAAAAGAUUGAUGGUUUCUGUUUAUGAGUAUAUAACUCGAUGGAGAAGUGGUUCAAUUUGCUGGUUAAGAUGGGCUGGAGGAUAGACACUACUUGUAUUUGAUUUGCUGGUUAAGGUGGGAUGGAAGAUGGGCAUUACUUGAUAGGAAUUUACUUUGGAUCAAGGUCGGAGUUGCUGGGCAUGUCAGGAUGAUUUGUAUGAGGACCAACAAAUAUGAAAUGUAUGAUCUUCUGUCAGAGAAUGUAUAGUGUGCCUCCAAAAGCGAAAUGUUGGGAAUCCAUAUCAACAAAGACGGUCUUACUCAUUUAGCAAAGGUAUUUUGGGUGCAAGAGAGGAUCCUUCCCGUCAGUUUAACUCGGUUUACCCCUUUGUAUUGGUAAACCGGCAAAGCAUCUCUGGGACACAGUUAUUGAAAGAAUCGAGAGAAUUUUAUCCACCUGGAGAUGUAACUAUCUUUCCUUGGAAGGCAGGCUGACUCUUAUCAAAACAACUUUCUCCAACAUGCUGCUAUAUUUUUUAUCCCUCUUCAAAUGUUCGAAGGCCACUUAGAUAAGCUUGAGAAAAUGAGAAGAGACUUCCUAUGGAAAGGGAAUAAGGAAAGCGGAAAAUUUCAUUUACUCAAAUGGGACGAAGUCUGCAAGCCAAUCAACGAAGGUGGUGCUAGUCUAAAACAGUUACAUCAUAUGAAUACUACUCUCCUUGGAAAUGGCAUUGGUGAUUUGGAACUGAAGCAGGCAAGUUAUGGAGGGAGAUCCUCGUUUCCGAAUAUGGUGUUCAAAAGGAUGGAUGGAUCACGAAAACAUCUCCUCUUUAUCGUGCCUCAAACUUUUGGAAAGCGAUCACGUCUACUGAAUCAUUUUUUCGCAAAGGAAUCUCCUUUUUCCCUUGGAAAAGGGAACCAUAUUCAGUUUUGGAUAGACAUUUGGUGUGGGGAUAGGUUGUUGCAGGACCUCUUUCCAAGAUUGGCUUUUCAUGCUCCGGACCAACUCGUUACAGUGGAUCACUGCUACUUUAUGGGAGGGACAGGUGUCUGGUCUCCCCUUGCCGGUGGAAUUUAUCAGACAGCGAAUUCGAUGAGCUCCUCGGUUUGUUAAAUUUUCUGAAACCAUAUGCUCCCUCAUACCAAGAUGACAAUUCAAUGGUUUGGAAAAUUCAUAGCUCUGUGUCUUUCUCAGUGCGCUCAUUCUAUAGUUUGAUCUCCAACUUGUCAUCGCCUUCCUCCUUCUCCUUCCUUCAGUAGCGCUAUGGAGCCCCUCCCAUAAUUGCUGCAUUUGUUUGGCUCGUGGGAAGGAAAAGAGUUUUAACUAUAGACAACCUGCAAAGGAAAUGCCUUGUUCUUCCUAAUUUUUGCUUGAUGUGCAUGACGGAUGCGGAAUCAAUAGAUCAUCUAUUCAUUCAUUGCCAUUGUGCCUUUAAAGUCUGGGAGUACUUCCUCAACCUUUUCCACAUGUCCUGGGUGAUGCUUGAGUCAGUCCAUCAGCUCUUAUGGGUUUGGCAUGGAGGUGCAGUGACCAAAGAUAGAAAAGUUCUUUGGCGUCUUGUAGCAAUGGGCAUAUUUUGGCAUAUUUGGAGGGCCCGCAAUAGUCAGUGUUUUCAAUACAAGGAUAUUUCUGUUGCGGAAGUCAUUCAUUCAGUCGAAGCUGAUGUCACUAAUUGAGUCAUAUAUGUUAAAUCAGCUUCGCCUAUUGAUGCCUCCAUCUGAUUUUCUUUGGCUUCCUCAUGUACUCUUUUCCGCCUUUUGGCGCGCUUUUAAUAAAUUUUCAGUUACCUCUAUUAAAAAAAUGUAUAGUAUUCUUUGUCCUUCAUCUGUACUCUGUACUAAGUGACGACGUUUCGAUCUAGCCAUUGAUUGAUGUUUCCCCAUCAAGGAACCAUGCCGUAAAAUUUCCAAGAGUAGGUCUUGGCCAUCCAAUCUUUGGCUUUUUUUUUUUUUCCAUUGAAUGUGGACAAUUGUGUACUUUGUUAUCAAUCUUCUAUUUGCAAGCCACUGCCAUGUGCUCAUUUUAGGAAACUCAUGGCCCAAUGACGCCACAUUCGCAGGAUGAGGAUCAUGUAAUUCCUCCAUAUUCAAAUACGAAAGGGUGGACCGAUUAAGGAUUGCGAAGCAGAAUGUUCUUGAUUUUGACUGGCAGCAAUGGUGGAAUCAUGUCCUUCAAUUUGAAAGGGGUGCAACUUUGGUGGGUCAGGUUGGUUGAGGGUUAACCUGAGCCUGACCCAACUUCAAGAUGACCGUACCUGCAAACCACCCAACCCGAAUUCCAACCCCAGGUUCCCAACCCUAAUUCCUCUAUACUCAACCCUAAACUGACCCAACUUCAAGAUGACCCAACCUGCAAACCAACCCAACCCGAAUUCCAACCCCAGGUUCCCAACCCUAAUUCCUCUAUACUCAACCCUAAACUGACCUGACCCAACCAGACCCGAAUACAUGCAUUAUUCCCAACCUGACCUGAAUUUGCUCAAUUGGAACCCAACCUAAUUUCAAAUCAGAUUGGAGUUUUCCAACCUAACCAAACCUGAGGAUCCUGACAGCCUGGCCCAACCCGACAUGAACUCAGGUUAGGUCAGUUGGAUUCAGGUGGAUGCAAACCCAAGGUUCGGCCCUUACUGUCUGAUGACAAAAAGCUGUGGAGUUUGUCCACAAUGAACUGUUGCGAGUUUGAAUACUGAUACUGUAACUGGGUUCUAUUUAGCAGAGACUGCAACUAGACACGGAACCACUAAGUUGAAUACAUGCAAGUUCAAGACACCAGGCAGAAGCUUUUGUGGCAUGGAGAUUUUUAUCAAGAUCCGGACUUCAUUUCAGGCAUCCAUGCCUUUCUCUGCAAAUCCAACUGCAAUUUUAAGGUGUGGUGACUCUGCAAUUGCAGUACAUUAUGUUUCUUUAUUUAGCAACUUAUAAAACAAGUUGAUGAUCAGAUCAUGCCUUCAUACUUUGCAAUACUGUUCACAUUUCAACAUUUUGUCAUUGAAGAAAUAUCACUUGAAA